CAGACAGAUAUGGCUUUUUGAUCACAGAGGACAUUUUACGGUAUUUUAUGUUCUUUAAGAAAACAUAAAAUACAAGAAUAUGCAUUAUAUUAUAUUACAUUAUAUGGUAUUACAUUGUGUUCUAUUAUUUUUUAAUAUUGCUAUGUGAAAUUAUGUUAAACAAAUUGCACAUUAGGGCAAAAAGAGAAAAAAAAAAUAGAGCAGGGUCAACAUUAAAAAUGUGCACUGUACCUUUAAGAUUUGCGACAUGUCGUAAAAAAGCCCACUGUCGUAAAUAAUCACAUGGAGACAACAUGGAUGCUUCAGAGUUGCUGCAGAUGAAAAUACUUUCUGUGGCUUCGUUGUGAGCAGCUGUUGAUGUUGUUUCCUCUCCGCUCUGGUUUGUAGAGAAGAAAAACAGUAAAUGCUCCAUGAGAAUAAAAGACUGACAGCUCUGCCGGUUGUUGGACCACAGGUAGUGUGUGUGUGUGUGUGUGUGUGUGUGACGGGCUGCAUCAUGUUCGUGUUGGUGGAGAUGGUGGACACGGUCAGGAUCCCUCCGUGGAACUUCCAGAGACAACUGAACGAAGCUAUCGCCGAGGAGCUCAACAAGAAACUGGCCAACAAGGUGGUCUACAAUGUUGGCCUCUGCAUCUGCUUGUAUGACAUCACUAAACUGGAUGAUUCCUAUAUAUUCCCGGGGGACGGAGCCUCACACACCAAAGUUCAUUUCAGGUAUGUUGUUUUUCACCCCUUCCUCGACGAGAUCCUGGUCGGCAAGAUCAAGUACUGCAGUCAGGAGGGAGUUCACGUGACAAUGGGCUUCUUUGAUGACAUCCUCAUUCCCCCAGAGUCGCUUCAGCAGCCGGCAAAGUUUGACGAAGCAGAGCAGGUGUGGCUGUGGGAGUAUGAGACGGACGAGGGGGCCCAUGACCUCUACAUGGACCAAGGGGAGGAGAUCCGUUUUCGGGUGACAGACGAAGUCUUUGUGGAUACGUCGCCGACGGGCCCGGCCACCGCAACCACGGACACACCCACUCAACCGGGACAGUCCACGGCGCCGCCGCCAGCAGAGGACAGCAGGGAGAAGAAAGAGCCACCGUUCACUCUGAUUGGGACCAUCUGUGAGCCGGGGCUGGGGCUGCUGUCAUGGUGGAACAGUUAGCUCUUGGUGUUGGGAACAGACGGACCAUCAGGACCGAUCCAUCCGGAGACACAGAAACCUUUUUGUCAAGAGACAAAGUGGAGCUGCUCUCUGAACCAAGAUGCCGUCGGUGUCGAAGUGACUGAUGUAACAUCUGAUUGUUUAGGAAACACAAUACCAGCUUCAUGUUUACAUGUAAAACUGACCUUAUAUUUAAUAAGAGAGAGGUGGAAGAACUUUCACUUUCAGCUGAUGCAUUUCACAUGAGAGUUUGACCCUCAAAUGAAAAGAACAGAAGCAGGAAGUCAUUAAAGGGCAGUUCAGGUGUUUUAACGUGGGGUUGUGUGAGGUAGUCAUAUACAGUCAGUACAUUACCUGCAGUAAACUACUGUAGGUACCUCACACAACCCCACGUCAACAAACCUGAACUGUCCCUUUAAAUAUUUGAACCAAUGUGUCGUAACGACUUCAGUGUGAUGGACGGACGUACACAGAUCUCUAGAUCUGACUUUAAUGGUUCACAGUUGCUUCUGUUUAAAACUCUGUCAUGAUGAAUAAAUGUUUUGCCUGCUGAUAUGAGAACUUGUAUGAACACUGUGUUUAAAGGUGAGAGAAAUAAAGCAGUGACAUUUUUGUUUAA